AUGCUUCCAACACCAAAACCAAUCACACCCUACUGUCAACCUUCUAAUCCUAGAAAACACAGUGGACAUAGUCAUGAAAAUUGUGUCAGCCCUGAAACUACUGGUCCGGUUCAUCUAAGUUACCUGGAUAAUCUGAAUCAUCUUUACCCACAAGUAACUGGUGCUAGUCAGAGUGAAAAGAUUGAAAAACAGAACAAAGUGACAAACUCAAGUAUAAAUCGUCGAGCAAGUUCGCUAAGCUAUAGAUCAUCAGACUUAACUGAACCUGAACUUACUAGUUCCACCUCUAAUAAACCAAAUACUAAAUCGAAGAACAGUCAUCAUUUCGCAUUUUCAAAUUGUAAAAAACCAUAUGGGAUAAGUAAUUCAGUCAGUUCUCAUGAGAUAGCAAAUACAUGCACAGUAUCAUUAGAACACAACAGUAACCACAAAAGUAUUCAUUCCGAAUUUUCGAAUAAUCACUUGAAUAAGAUUUCCAUGUUCAAACCGGAGACGAGUGCAUAUUCACCAACAGGUUAUUCAUGGAUUCCACAAGAAAAGUUUGGCAUAAGACCUCAAUUCUUAGGAUUAUAUCAAUCAAAUCCUAUGCUAAAUGACCAAAGAAAUGUGCUUACAAAUGCUAACCAAAUUCACGCUUUACACCAUUCAUCAAGUUUAAGUCCAGAUGUCACUAAUACAGAAGACACUUCAACAAACAAGCUGUAUUCUAAAAAAAGACAUGGAACAGUUACUAAUAAGAAAAAUAUCAGUGUGCCAACGAGCUUUGUUUGCUCCAGAACACCAGCUAAUAAUGAUUACAACAGUAGUAUGAAAGGUGAGAGUUUUAAAGCUCCUAUGUCCAAAGGAUAUGCAUAUAAUCAUAAGAGAUUUGGAUCCAGGGUUGCAAGCAGAGAAAAUAUACAAGAACCGAGCCCUAUGAAAGCGUCAAAUGGCAGAUCUUCGCACACCUGCGAUUAUAAUUCAAUGUCAAAUUCACGUGAAUCUAAUAAGUAUGGAAUAUCAUCCGUUAAGAACAAAGAAAGGGUUCACUUUCAGUCAGAUACCCCAAAUCAGACUUCUCAAACGCAAUCCGUUUCCAUAACGUCCACAAGGUGUUUGCAAGGUGAAGAAGGGAAAAGUAAGUUUGUUGAGACUGAACCAAAUCAUACACCACAAGCCGAUGAUUCUUAUUCAGAAAAAAAUGAAACAUAUGAAACCGUAAAGAAGAACAUUCAUAUGAUGCAACAUUUCACGAAGUCACACCAACUAAGAAAUACAGAUGAAGUGACCGGUUCUUUUGAUCAACAUGUUAAUCAUGAAAAUGUUAGUUUCAGUGAGUCAAUUGCAGGAAAUCAGCCACAGAGUGUUCAUUCUCAGGUGAUACAGAAACAAAAGACACAACAGAGACAUACUUUGCCUAAUUCUAAUUCUGCAACGUCUAGCCUAUCGGCUGGAGACGACAGAGCGUUUUGUGAUAGUGGAAUAUCAUCUUCAUCCUAUUCUAAAGACAGUGCCUGCACAUCCCCCUCAGAUCCAUCUACUUGUAAUUUAGUACCCACAACUUGUGUCACAGAUUGGGUAUUCAACCGAACACCUUGUAAUAAAAGACCACUCCAUGAUCAAAGUCCUCAUCAAGAACUAAAUCAAGAAUCGUUGUCAAAAAUUCCAAGUUUUUCAAAACAAUCGGAUACAUCUAAAAAUUAUAAUUCUACAAGAAUAGUUGAUUCUGAACCAAGUUUUAGUAUAACACAGAGACCUCAGAGGCCUAGAACAAUUGGUAAAUUAAUUAGUCAGACAGGUAAUGGAGUGAUAUCCCUUAUUCCACAAACUUGUGAACAAGACCUACAAGUUCCACAGAAAGCUAUACACGAUUCAUAUAUACCUACUGUUUCUUUUGCAAAGGCUAAUCUUGAAGUCAUUUCACCGAAUAAAGUGCUUCAGUCAUUCAGACAUUCAGAUGAGCAUUCUGCUAAUACUCCCGAUUCUCCACUUGUACCAACCAAUACAAUGGUAGCAAAACGUCCAAAUAAAAUACUCGUCGACCCAAAUAAGAGUAAAGUUAAGGGAGCUGAAACAGAAGUAACUAGUACAACUAACAUGUUCAGUACCAACACCUCUUCCAGCAUUAAUAACACUGAUACUUCCCGAUAUAAUGAAAAUUCAAGCAAUUUGAACAAUUUACGAUCAAGAGUUCAUCUGAUGUCAGAACCUCCUAAGCUUAUUGAAAGACUUGGUCAUAUACAAUGUGAUCAGCGGAACCAAACACCUGUCGGUAAUACACUUAAUAACCGUCGACAACAGAACCAUCAUCAACAGCAUCAACAUGUGGCAGGUCAGGCAAUAGAUCAGAGAUUCAAAAACAAAUCAAAUCAUUUAUCAUUUGAUUCAGAAUGCGAAAACGGUAGAGUCAAGCGCGAUAGUGGGAAAUCAACUAUACUUAAUAAUGAACAGUCAAUGAAGAUAAGAUUUACUCAAUUUACACAACAUCCUGACAAUAGUGAAUCAGACAACAAAGCUACUCUAGCUCACCAACAGCUGUCCGGCAGUGUCAUUUCGGAAGUAUCGAAUAGUGUUGAGAAAAUACCUACAACCAGUAAUCCCAUCGAUUUCAGAAAAAUUAGCGAAAACUUGGAGAACCCCUUCCUAUGGAAGAGCUUAUCUGGUCAGGUUACUGAGAAUCCUUACGAUAAACCUCCUGAUAUAACAAGUGACCCUGACAUACUGCUGUCAUCUCUGUCAAAACUAAGCUGUGAUCCAUGUUUGGAAGAUAACUCUUGGGAUCAGAAUUAUUUCUCAGAUGUUGAAAGUGAAUAUGCUGCAUUGGAACUAAUACUACCGACCACAAAGCGUGAAAGCUUAACUGAAGCAGAAAUCGCCCUGGAAUUAGAUAGGAAACUGUCAGAAAACACAGCAUGCAGCACAGGGCCGCUUAGUCAAGUUAAACUGCCUUAUCCAACUAUCUCUUUGACAGCCAAUAUGGGUUCUUUAGAAGAUAUAACAGUUAAAUCUGGUAUCUCAAGUUUUGCUGUGCGCAGAAGAGGAACUUUUGCUACAGUUUUCAACUCAGACCACUACAAAAUGAAAAUGAGAUUAUUAACAGGAGAAAUAAAUGGUAUGAUAUCAGUCAUAAAUCCGUCAACUAGUAAAAGUUCCAAUUUACUGAUUGAGAACUUUCGUCAAGAGACGAAACGUCUCCGUGAUGGUCUUUCUGUAUUAUCAGCACAGUUAUCUCUGAAGGAUAAUGCAAUAGAAGCUCUAGAAGAUAACGUGGAAAAUAUGACAGUCAGAAUUGAACAACUGCAAGCUCUGGAUAACUUAAAGAGUUCAGAGAUACGUGAGCUUCAGAGUAUCAUUAGUCGACUACGGGGUGAGGAUAUGAACAGUAAAUCUUUAACCAGCUCUCCAAGUCAUUUUCAACCACGACCACCCCGAUCAACAUCAUGUCGUACACUUCCUGAUGCAAUAUAUCAAGAUAUUCAGGACGCUAUAAGUUUGAGUAGCUUCACAAGUGGUACGAGUGCUGGAAGUCAAGAUCCAUCAGUACACUUUCAACAACAACAGCAACAGAAACAGCAACAGAGAAAAAUAAUUUUAAAGACAGAGGGUAAAUGUUCUAGUCGAACGGGUAGUAGUCCCACAGCAUCCGACACAGAAAGGUCGAAUGGUAAACAUUCACGCUGGCUACGAACAUCAUUCAGCAAAGCAUUCAGAAAACGGACGAAAAGUAACAUACAUACGAAUGAUCAGAUGACAAUAAACGAUAGUACUAUCACAAACUUACAACCUAAUUUACAAGAUCAAAUCAGUAUGAAUAGUCAGAAGUCAGGGUAUGAACAAGAGUUGGAAAGACUGCACUUAACAGUUAGUCAGAUGCGUUGGCAGAUGGAUUUACUUGAAGCGAGAAAUAAAAAACUGCAGGAAAUCAUAUUAAAACAUAAUCCUGAUGAAUUUGCUCACAAAGAAUUAUGCCUAGAAAGCACAGAAAGAAAAGUCACCUUAUUUGAUUUGAUAUCUAAGUAUUGCCAAAAUGCAUGUCAUAUUGUUCAAGUAUUUGUUAACACUGCAAGCAUACAUCAAAGAAAUUUCAACCAGAACUCAAGUACAUACCAGGGUGAUAAUUAUCUGAAUAAUAAUAAUACUCCUACAAGUGCACAGCUGAAUUGUACGAAAUUAUUUAAGAUAGGGUGCAUUGGAUUACAUGAUGAAAUGACUUGGGAUGAUAUGGAUAAACAACUUCAAAAACUAUUUCAACAUCAUAUAGAUUUCUUGGAUCCUCAUGAACAGCUGCGACUUCACUCUCUUGAACCACAAGCUUACCAACUAAACUUUAUGUUUACCGAUCAAGGUGAAAUGAAGACACAAAGUAUUGUUCGAUGCUUCUGCCUACCAUCCUGUUCAAUGUCAUUAUCACUACCGACAUCGUCAACGUGUUCUAAAAUUGAAAACCAGUCCCAAAUGACUUGUGCAUUAGUGCUAACACCUACUACUUCUAUGGAUAGAGAGAUUUCUUCACAAUCUCCUGCUAUCUGGGUGAAUGAUAUAAUCAAGGAACAUGAUGCCAAAACGUACACCUUAUCCUUACAAGUACAUCUAAAAGGUUGCCCUAUGAAGUUCUCCUUAGAAAAAGAGCACAACAUACGACAUCCCACAGUUGUUGGGAAUACUGAUAUGUUAAAAUAUGUAUGUUUCGGAAGCCUAGUACCAUUAAACACACUGAACUCUUAUUUAUCCCUUAUUCAACAAAAUCCAGUUGUUAUAAUUUGUGGACCAAGUGGAACAGGAAAAUCUCACCUAGUGAAUGAUUUGACAAGGCUUUUAAUCAGAGAUCCAUUCGAUGUUAAUGCAAUUUACAAGUUCUGGUUUAAAAAUGAUGGAGGUACAACCUUGAAAGAAGUAAAGAAUACUCUUAAUCAGCAGUUAGCAUCCCAUGCUAAGUAUGGCUUUCCCGAAGUUAUAAACUUGUUUAAUAUUCAUCAUCUCAAAGGAUCUUUGUUAGACAUCUUAAGUCUACUCAAUACUUCAUUAAAAUGCCCAACGAUAAUAGGAACUAGUGAAAAUGGGAAUGAUGAGCUUGAAAAAGCCUGUACAAACACCCAUAUAAAAAUUAUCAACCAUCUGAGCGACAAGAAGGAUGCCAAAGAAUACUUAGAAAGAAGUUUGUACCGUAAAUUAGCUCAGUACCGAUUAUUUACUUCAUUUUAUUCACUGUGUGGAUCGAAUGAAGAUAGAAUUUCUAUGAAUACAUUUGUGACACAAGUCGAAGAUAAGAAUCUCUACUACCUAAUACCAUGGCUCAGUGAAUUUUGGAACCAGCUACAUGAAAUCCCAUGCUCAUUGACUCAGAAAAACCAUCUGAACAUAUUCGGCUUGCGAACAUUUCUUACCUGUCCGAUGCAUUCACAAGUAUCAUUAAAUUGGUUUCUUGAUUUAUGGAAUAAUAUGUUGGUGCCAAUUCUCUUUAAAGAUGCAAAACAAGCAAUAACAAUAGUAUCAUUAGAAGAGAAUUUAAGCAACAUGUUUAAAAUGUUGAACAAUUUCCUUGGAUGGAUAACUACAACAUGGCCAUGGAAUCCAACUGGUGUCAAUUUUCCAACAUCAAUAAAAGAGCCAAAAAUUACUUUAACACAAAAUUCACUAUCUAUGAUUAAAAACUAUCAACUUAUCCUGUCAACAUCAUGCAAUUCCGAUGCUGAAAUUUGUAAGCAUAGAACGAGUAUGGAUUCUGGAAUCAUUCUUGAUGGGAUGUAUCCCACAAAUUCUGGUAUUUCCAGUAGUUAUGAGAAUAACACUAGUACACUGUGUAAUAAUAAUAAUUACUAUUAUCCCAAUUCAGUAACCGAGAGUCAGGAUGUACAACAAAAUGCACAUAAUACACAUGACUGUAACCAACUAGUUACAAUGCUGUAUCAACUGCAACAUGAAAAUCAAACCACUGGUAGCUGUUCAAAGACGGUUUCAUCUAUAGACUGA